AUGAAUAGUAAAUAGAAGGCCUUUGCCUUACUGUUGCUCUUUAUGCUCUCAGGAGUAUAAGUGAUGACAUAGGAUUUGACUGAUGAACAAAGAAAGUUAUUAGAACAAUCCUAAGAAACCCAUGAAUUCUAAGCUGAAACAGGUAGAUUGAUGGAUAUUCUUAUUAAUUCUCUCUAUACUCAAAAAGAAAUCUUUCUUAGGGAAUUAAUCUCAAAUGCUGCCGAUGCUUUAGAUAAAAUUCGUUUUUUAAGUGUUAAGAAUCCAGAGAUUUUGGGAGAUAAGACAGAAUUAGCAAUUAGAAUUGAAAUAAAUACAGAAGAAAAGUCAGUUACAGUAACAGAUAGUGGUAUUGGUAUGACAAAGAAUGAUUUAAUCUCUAAUUUGGGUACUAUAGCAAAAUCAGGAACAACUCAAUUUAUUGAGGCAAUUAAAGGAGGUAAUGUAAAUUUGAUUGGUCAAUUUGGUGUUGGUUUCUAUUCAUGCUUCUUGGCAGGAUAGAAGGUUACUGUUGCAUCAAAAAAUACAGAUGAUGAUUAAUACAUUUGGGAAUCUUAAGCAGCCCAUUCAUUUGCUGUAUCUAAAGAUCCAAGAGGUAAUACUUUAGGUCGUGGUACUUAAGUCACUAUUCAUUUGAAAUAGGAUGCAGUAGAAUUUGCUGAAGAGAGUACAAUUAGAGAAUUGAUAAAAAAGUAUUCUGAAUUUAUCAAUUUCCCAAUUUACUUAAAAGUGACAAGAGAAGUUACAAAAUAAGUAGAUGAAGAACCAGAAUAAUAAGAUUAAUAAGAUUAAACUGAUGAUGAUGAAGUCAAAGUUAAAGAUGAUGAUGAUGAUGAUGAUGCAGAUACAAAGAAGAAGGCUACUAAAACUAUUAAAGAGAAGGUAUCUGAAUGGAUGCAAGUAAAUGAAAAUAAAGCCAUAUGGUUGAGACCUAAAGAAGAGAUAUCAGAUGAUGAUUAUAAGAAAUUCUAUAAAGUAUUAUCUAAGAAUUCAGGUGAAGAUCCAUUCAAUUGGGUUCAUUUUAAGGCUGAAGGUGAAGUUGAAUUUACAUCUCUUAUUUAUGUUCCAAAAAGAGCACCAAGUGAUAUGUUUGAUAAUUAUUAUGGAAAAUAAACUACAAAUUUGAAAUUGUAUGUUAGAAGAGUUUUGAUUAGUGAAGAAUUUGAAGAUAUUCUUCCAAGAUAUCUAAGUUUUGUUAAAGGUGUUAUUGAUUCUGAUGAAUUACCAUUAAAUGUUAAUAGAGAAACACUAUAAUAACUUAAAAUGUUGAAGGUUAUCAGUAGAAAGAUUGUUAAGAAGAUAUUAGAAUUAUUUUAAGAUGCUGCUUCUUAUGAUGAAGAAGAUGAAGAUGAAACUGAAGAAGGAGAAGAAGAUGAUAAUAUGGCUGAAACAACUCCAGAAGAAUAAUAAAGAUUAAAGGAUGAAAAGAGAAAGAAGAAGAUGGAUGAAUAUAAUGAAUUUUGGAAAGAAUAUGGAAAGAAUAUCAAAUUAGGUGUUAUUGAAGAUUCAUCAAAUAGAUAGAAAUUGGCUGAAUUAACAAGGUAUAAUUAUUAUUUAAAUUAUUAUAUGAAAUAUGUUGGGUAUGAUGAUAAAAUUCAUAUAGAUAAUAAAUGGAAUUAUUUCUAUUUAUUAUAUGAUCUAUAUAAACAGUCGUCUGAUUCAAUAUAUUUCUAAUCUAAUAUUAUCCAUAUAUUAAAUAUUAUACCUAAUAUUUUAUUUUAGAUGGUAUUCAAGUAAGAAUUCAACUGAAUUAACUUCAUUUGAUGAUUAUAUUGAAAGAUCCAAGCCUGGAUAGGAUUCAAUUUAUUAUUUAGCUGGUGAAAAUAAAGAAUAAUUAUUGGCAUCUCCAAUCAUUCAAGGAUUAAUUAAAAAAGGAUAUGAAGUAUUAUUGUUGGAAGAUCCAGUUGAUGAAUUCACAUUUUAACAUUUGAAUGAAUAUAAACAAAAGAAACUUGUUAAUGUAGGAAAAGGUGAUUUCAAAUAACCUGAAGAUAAUGAUGAACAAAGAAAGAAAUAAAAAGCUUUAAAGAAAGUAUUCUAACCUUUGACUGAUUGGUGGAGAAAGUUAUUAUCAGAAAAUGUUGAUUCAGUAGUCAUUUCAUAAAGAUUGAUUGAAGACCCACUCAUUGUUGUUUCUUCAGAAUCUGGAUAUUCAGCUAAUAUGGAAAGAAUAUCAAAAGCUUAGGCUUAUUCAAGCAAGGGAAGUAAUUCUCAACAAUUUGGUAAGAAGAUAGUUGAAAUCAAUCCAAAUCAUUAAGCUAUAUAAGAAUUAUUAUAAAGAGUUAAAGAUGAUCCAGAUUAAGAAACUGAAGAAAUGGCUAGAGUUCUAUAUGAAGCUGCUUUAGUCAAUUCAGGUAAUAUUUAUCAUUUAUAUUUAUCUAGGUUAUUCUAUCCCAAAUCCUGAAAAAUUUGCCAGUAGAUUCUAUAAAUUAUUUAAUUCAGCCUUGGGUAUUGAUAGAGAUGCACCAAUUAAAGAAUUUGAAGUUGAAAUUGAAGAAGAACCUGAAGCUUCAUCUGAACCAACAGUUGAUUAAGAUGGAACUAAAUGGGAAAAAGUAAAUACAGAUGAUGCAUAAUGGGAAACUGUAAGUGAUGAUAAAAGAGAUGAUUUAUGA